AUGCAGUGGCCCCCGGCCCCGGGCGCCGCCUCGCCUCGGGGUCUCUGCUGGGCAUCCUCGCUCGUUCGCCGUACGGCCUCGAAGCUCCCGCACCCGGCCGGCCUGGACCUCCUGAUGGCCGCCAAGUGGUUCAAGGAGUUCCCCUUGAACUUGAAGACCGCGACCGAGCGGGCCAGGCCCGGGGCCGGCGGGGCCAGCGGCAAGCUGCGCAAGAACUCCGAGGCCGGAGGCGCGGUGCCCACCCCGGGCAAGGGCCGCAAGAACUCGGCCGUGGAACUGGGCAGCGGUGGCAGGGCGCUCAGCGGGCCCCCCAGGGACAGCCGGCUGUCCAGGGACAGCCUGCAGGGUCUGAUCCAAGCGGCGGCGGGCAAGGGCCGGAAGAACUCCCGGGCCACCGACGAGGACCCCCACCGCGGAGCGGCCAAGAGCUCGGGCUGCAGCACCUACAUCAGCCGACUCAUCAAGGUGGACACCCAGGAGAAGAACGGCAAGAGCGGCUACCCCGCCGCCCUCGGGGGCAGCAGCAGCAGCAGCAGCACCAGCAGCAGCAGCAGCUCUUCUUCCUCGGCGUCCUCCUCUCCCUCCUCCCUGGGCCCCGAGCUGGACAAGGGCAAGAUGGUAAAACAGCAAGACACGGUUAUCAUUCUGGAAGAUUACGCUGACCCUUAUGAUGCCAAACGGACAAAGGGCCAAAGAGAUGCAGAGAGAGUAGGCGAAAAUGACGGCUACAUGGAACCCUACGACGCCCAGCAAAUGAUCACAGAAAUCAGACGCCGGGGUUCCAAAGACCCGCUGGUGAAAGCUCUCCAGCUCCUGGAGGGUCCGAGCGAGCCGGGGGAGAGUGGCCCAAAGGCUGAGGCUGCGGCCAAGAGACGGAGCUCCAAGGAGCUGCUGGGGAGGCCGCCCGGGCUCCACGACGCGGCCUACGAGCCCGCAGAGGCCAAGGCGCGGCCGGCGGACAGCCACAGCCGGCUGCCCGAGGACGACGAGCGGCCGGCGGCCGAGUACGAGCAGCCCUGGGAAUGGAAGAGGGAGCAGAUCGCGCGGGCGCUGUCAGUCCAGUUUGAAGGGUCUGAGCGGCCGGGCAGCAGGGAGGAGCCCGCGAGGCAGCACCACCGGCAGAAGAGCUGGACCCAGAAGAUCCUGAAGCCCGCGCUGGCAGACCACGGCGAGGGCGAGAAGGUGGACCCGGGGCUGCCUCUGGAGAAGCAGCCCUGGUAUCACGGCGCCAUCACCCGGGCCGAGGCCGAGAGUCGACUGCAGCCCUGCAAGGAGGCGGGUUUCUUGGUGCGGAACAGCGAGUCUGGGAACAGCAGGUAUUCCAUCGCCCUCAGGACCAGCCAGGGCUGCGUCCACAUUAUAGUGGCUCAGACGAAAGACAGCAAGUACACGCUGGACCAGACGAGCGCCGGGUUCGACAGCAUCCCCGAGGUGGUACACUACUACUCCAGCGAAAAGCUGCCUUUCAAAGGGGCAGAGCACAUGACUCUUCUGCACCCCGUGCACAGCAAGCUCCACUGAGGUCCCGCCCGGGAGAGCCCCGGGGCCCUGGCACCCGAGGGGGCAUCAAGCACCCAGCCAGCGUCUGGGUGGGCAAGGUGGACCCGCCGCUUCUGAAGUCAGCCGUUCUGUGCUCUUGCACCCGUUCUGGGCCGCGGUUUCUGGCCUGUCUUUUCUCCCCUUGCUGCGUGGCUGUGCUGGACGAAAGCCCCCGGGCCCACCGCGGCCUGCUCCUCUGUGGGCUGUGGACGGCAGUGCGAGCUCAGGGCCAGUGGGGCUGUCCAGCAGCGAGCCAGGUGUCCCCGGAGUCCCUGCCCUCGCCCACCAGCGUGCGGGCUGGAAGAGGGUGCCACGUCAACGCGCCCACCCCAGCAGAGUGGGACCACGCGAAAAUGUGAACGCGGGGCAAGAAAGUCGUCGUCCUCUCACCAGUCCUCCCUCAGCUCCGACCUCCACGCGGAUUCACACCGUUAGGGCUUUGGCAAAAGGAUUAUUUUGUCAGCUUUUUUCUAAGAGAAGUUUUUUUUUUGUUUUUUUUCUUCCUCUUCUUGGUUUCUGUAAACGUCCUCAUCAUUUUUCAGGCAACAAGUAAUAGAAAGAAAAAUGAAAAAGAUGAUGUCCCAGAAAAAGAACCACCAGUAUAAUGAAGCAUUGACAUCUUCCUUCCUUGUAAUUCUGAAUUUUGAAAUAAAACGUGCCCCGAUGAUUACAUUUCUGAAUUAUAAAAACCAAAGCUCCUCACAGCUCAGCAGCUGUUUUGUCACUGGCUAAGCUUCACUUUUGUUUUCUGCCUGUGCAUUUUAGUUGCCAUGGAGUCAUCCUUAUCUCUCCAAAAUUAGAUUGGCUUUGUAUUUUUAGUAAUUUUAAAGAAAACAAAACUCUGAGAUCUAAUUGUAUGAACUGGGUCACUACUUUGCAGAGGUUUUUUUUGUUUGUUUGUUUUUUCUGUACAGCGCAGACCAAUUUACAUUAUGUACAAGUAUUUCCAAAGCUACUGAGGUGGUCACUACUGUUGCUUAAGAUAUUUUAAAUUAAGUUAUCAUAUUUUUUUAUCUUUAUGAUUUACUGUGAACUGACAUCACCAGUUUAUUGUUAAAACCCCAUGGAAAUGGCACCACUGUGACAUGGAUAACUGUGGCUGAGCUGAAUGGCUGUUUCUGGCUCUGGGGUUUGUAAAUUUAGUUCUCAAAAUUGGUUGAGAUGAAAAUGUGCUGUCAGCAGUGAAAAGUUAGCUUUUGUAACUUAUUUCAAAUACACACACACACACACAAAAUGGUAACUUGGUUGAUUACUUACAAAAACAUAUCUUCCCACUCAGAAUUCAUCUCACUGAGAAUUAGAGAUCAGGACUUUUUUUUUUUUUUUCCGUGAAGAUUUUAAUCAAAGGGUUGUGUGACCUGUCAUUUUAAAGCCAAGAAGAACCUUU